GCCGCUGGUGUCCGUACAGACACAGGAGACGACUGGAGAGUUGCCCUCGCUGUGCUACGUGUCGUGGCACCGGUGAAUAUCCCAGCAUGCAGUGGUGGGACCGCGUUCGGACGACGCGAGAACUCCGCAAAUGCAAACCAGUCAGCUGGAACGCUUCGCUUGUUACCCGCGCCACCAAAACACAGUGCCGUUGGGAACUGACCGGAGCACCAGGUCAAUAAGGCCAGCGAUGGCCAUAGUUGGAGCUUAAUCUCUCAGUCUUCCGGCACUCUUGAGUCAGUACUCUUGUCCGCAAACACAUGGAUUGGGCGCAGGAUAAUGUUGGGCUAAGUGAGGCCGACCUUCGGAAAGUGUUCAAGUAUGAGCCGAAGCAAACCACCGUCGUCAAGAUAGUGAAGAGUAGAGGCUACAAAGCUCGCAUCUGGUCGCUCGAGUCAUCGAAAGAUUGGGAGUGUUGGAUUGAACAUGAGAUCCAAGGAAUGAACAACUGUGAUAGCGGGCUCAUACUGAUACUCGCGAAACGAGCUGGAGAACGUUCUUGUCUACCAUCUGCCGGGACGUCGAUAGAAGAUUGGCUUGCGAGAUCAGAUGCGGCCCUUGAUCAGCAGUCGCCCGGUCCAUUCAAGUUACGUCGAGCGCAUACCUAUGCAGGCCUUGACGGGAAGCAGCCCAUGUCCGCAGAAGGUGCAUCGCAGAGCCGCCCUGGUGGGAACCGUAACUUGCGAACGUUGCCGUUCUCCUACGAAACCUUCAAGUUUAUCGCACACAGCUUCCACAUACAUGGCUCGAUAGCACGUGUCGUGAGUCGUGCUGAUGUACCGUACUUCUCGAGCGAAAAGGCGGUCAUGUCCGAGCCAGCAUACAUCUACUCCUGUCGCUCAAGCAAUGCCUGGGAUCAAGACCUUGCUCUAUCGGCGACGUAUUUCCCAGGUAGCGGACUGACAUUCUCCAUCCUCUAUGGCUGCCCCUUCCAAACGGAAGAGAACAUUAUCAGACGGCUUAGACGUGUCACCUACGAGGCAGCACAUCCUCUGCUGUUGCCCGGUAUCUUCGCCGAACUCGAGGUGUUGCGACACACUAGACUUGUCGAAACCACAAUAAACAAGAUUGAGACAAAGAUUCUGGAGCUCAACGACGCUGCUGCAAACUUCCGUAGCUCGCAAGAGGAAGUAGAUCGUCGCAACGAAGACAAGCGGGAGUCAUGGCUGGACUUGACAUACCUGAGGAACUCUCUAGUAAGCUGGAACACACAGCUAGGCAAACUGGCCACCCAUGCAACGGAGUUGAGCGAUGACGUGUACCGAUGCACGAAACAAGAUAAGGCGGAUGUGCCGAACAAUAUUUUCAAUAUACACAGUAUGACGGCGCACACUGGAUCAAGCAAUGUCUGGGAGAGCAAAUAUUCCCUCUACGGAGACCACAACUGGUGUCCAUCUCAUAGCGAAGCACCAACUGCCACUAACAGUGCGGUCGACGAGAAGCACCCAAUGAACGAGAAGUUCUUGAGCGCAAGUAUACCAGAGAAAUCAAGAGCAUAUACGGCGUUGAUGCGUGAAGCUGGUGACAAGAUCAAACGUCGUAUAAUGGCAAUAAGAGACGACUACGAUGAGAAGAUAAGAGACUGCACAAUGCGUGUUGAUGGUAUGGCAAUGGCUACUCAAUGGUCCCAUGGAGAGACGAACGUGGAAAUUGCCUUAGCCACCAACAGAGACUCAAAGGUCAUGCGCUCCAUUGCCCUGGUAACGAUGGUGUUUCUGCCGGGCACAUUCUUUGCUACUGUAUUUUCAAUGACGUUUUUUGACUGGUUCGGAGAAGGGGGUAAAACGAGAGUCUCAAGUUACCUGUGGAUUUAUAUCCUUAUAACUUUAAUAUUUACCUUAGUGACGGUGGGCUGUUGGUACUUUUUCGUCUUCUAUCGACAAAGGUAUCAGGCAUCGAAAGACGGUGGCAGUGGGGCCUAACACGGCGAAAUCAAUGAGAGGUACAGAUUCUCUAGGUUAGUCCCAGAACAAGGUUGGCAUUUCUUUCCGUCCUCGCCGCGACAUUGACUUCCCACAGUGAUAGAGGAAGUGUAAUGUUGGCCCCAGGUCCGAAAGCAGAGUUGAGUUGUCAAGCUAAAGAUGUACAGCUCCGCAAGUGAUUGGACGUCA